AUUUUGAAUUUAUCGCCAUUGUCAAAUUCCAUUCAUAGAUGUCGCUUCGGUUGAAUUUAGUAGUUUUCAUAUCUUACAAACAGAUAGUUCAGAUAGACGCACAAAACACGUGUUCGAGGGAAAGAGAGUGCGAGAAAAAUAUUAUUAAAAAUAUAUUAGUUCGGGAAUUAUAUUAAUUUCUGUUAAAAUAAUGAACGAAUCGAUUGUUAAAAUGGAGGUAGAUGAAAGUUUACAAGAAGGAGGAGAACUUAGUUAUGAAGAUAAAUUGAAGUAUGUUAAUUCUAUUGCUAAACCAAUGGCAUCGAGAAAAUUGGCGAAGAAAAUUUAUAAAUGUAUAAAAAAAGCAUCAAAACAUAGAACGUAUCUACGCAAUGGAUUGAAAGACGUGCAGAAACACAUACGCAAAGGGGAAAAGGGAUUAGUCAUUUUUGCCGGAGAUGUUUUUCCAAUAGAGAUAAUGUGUCAUUUACCAAUCGUCUGCGAGGAUAAAGAUAUUCCAUACUGUUAUACUCCUUCUAGAUUGGAUAUCGGUACUGCUAUGGGUGUAAAACGUGGUAGCCUUAUGGUACUUAUCAAAGAACAUCCUGAAUAUAAGGAUCUAUAUGACGAAUUAAUAUCUACAAUGAAAACAUUAGCAACACCUUUAUAAUUAUUUAUAUUAAAUCAAUACAUAAUUUCAAUCGCAUUGUAAAUAUGAUAUAUAGGUUAUACUUUUAAUAUCAUAAAUAAUUCAUAUUUGUUAAAAAAAAAAAAAAAAAAA